GCGACCCUUACUCAAGUUUUUACCAUGACGCCAAAUGAUGUUGAACAAUUAGCAACAUUUAUGGGCUGUGGGCGUGGGCGUUCAUAGCAAGGUGUAUCGUUUGCCGGAUGAUAUUUUCCAAACGGCUAAAAUUGCCAAAUUAUUAAUGUUAAUGGAGAGAGGAGAUGCUGGAAAAUAUAAGGGCAAAUCCUUGGAAGAAAUCGAUUUGGACAUGGAUGAAGAAAUUGUUUGUGAUGAAGCCAAUGAUGAAGCAAAUUUUCCAGAACCUCAAAUAGAGGUCCCAGAAAAUGCAUUAGACUCAGAUAUUAAUGAAAAUAUUGGUUCAAAAAAAGAAUCGGAAAUAGUAGCCCCAAUACAUGCGGCAGAGAAGAAGAAGCCUCAAAAAAGAGAGCUGGUUCCCUGGACAACUUGCCAAAAAAAAGUUGUUUUGGAGCACUUCGAAGAUAAUAUCAAAAAGAAGCGUCCCCCCAAAAGACACGAAUGUGAUGCCUUGAUAGCAGAGCAUCCAGAACUCUUGAAAAAUAAAAAUUGGUUAAAAAUAAAAGUUUUUAUCCAAAAUGCCUAUACAAAAAAAAUGAGAUUGGAGGCUGAUGAUUGAAUAACGCUUCGAAAAUUAUUUGAUGUGGGUACCCUUCUACUUCCUCAACUUUUCAUUAAGCAAUGUUUAUUUUUCUACGAACAAAUAAUGAUUUUACAAAAUUUAGGCUUUUUCCGAAUGACACGGCAUUUUAUUGGUCAUUAAAUUGUGCAACUUUGCCCUAAUUUAAACGAAUUUGGUAUUAUAUUUUUUUUGUGACCAAUACCUCUUUAUUUUCGAAAAAAA